AAUCAUAACUCGACAACACAUUCUUAAAAACGACCUGGUUUCUCAAUACUACUUUCCCUUUUCAUCUCCUUACACCUUUUCUCAGACCAAUAUAUCUUUAUUCAAUCCAACUCCAUUAUUUAUUUUUUCCUUAAAAAAAAAGGUUUUUUUUCUCUGAAGAAUGGGGAGAGGGAAAGUGCAAUUAAGGCGUAUAGAAAAUAAGAUUAACAGGCAAGUAACGUUUUCAAAGAGGAGGGGAGGUUUAGCGAAGAAAGCACAUGAAAUCUCAGUGCUUUGUGACGCUGAAGUUGCUUUGAUUGUUUUUUCACAUAAGGGAAAAAUCUUUGAGUACUCUUCUGAUUCUUGUAUGGAACAGAUUCUUGAACGAUAUGAGAGAUACUCAUACGCAGAGAGACGCUUGCUUUCAAGUAAUUCUGAAUCUUCGGUGCAGGAAAAUUGGAGUCUGGAAUAUGCUAAACUCAAGGCUAAGAUUGAUCUCCUACAAAGGAACCACAAAACCAACUCAUGCAUGAGUCAAUCUCUAUGCUACAGAAAAAGGAAAAGGCAAUCCAGGAGGAGAAUAACAUGCUAUCCAAGAAGAUUAAGGAGAAGGAUAAGACAGUAGGGAAGCAAGCUGAAUGGCAUCAGCAAAAUCAAGUUCCAAAUUCAGCAUCUUUCCUCCUACAACCACAUCCUUGCCUAAAUAUUGGAGGUAAUUACCAAGAGGAAGCAGAAGAAGCAAGGAGGAAUGAGCUUGACCUAAAUCUUGAUUCCUUGUACCCAUGCCAUAUGGGAUGCUUUGCCACAUGAAUAAACAACUUUAUAUGUUGCAUCUGAAGAAAUGUCCUUUUGCUGGAGUUCAAGUUUUCCAAUUUUGUGUUCUCAUUGCUUUAUGUGGAGGAAAAUAAGAUUUUAAGUCUCUUCUUGGGAAGUUCUUAAUAUUGAGUGUCUUUAUAUAUAUAUAUAUAUAUAGGACCUUAUUGUCUUUCUUUAUAUUAAUGGUGAAGAAUGUUAAUUUCCCAACCUUCAUAAAUGGAAGGGGAGGUCCAUUUGUUGGCUAUAGUUUAUAUUUUUACCUUAGAAUUAUUGUCAAUAAAAUUAUGUAUUUUUCUUUGAGUUCAAUACAAUGUUAUGCCCAAA